AUGCAAAGGACGCUAACAGUCCUGAAUGUUGCUGAGAAGAACAGCAUCGCCAAACAAGUGUCAGCUGCCCUCAGUAACAACUCGGCAACUCGAGGAAGCACCUGCUCGAACUAUAAUCCGUUGUUCUCGUUUCCGUACGCCCUCAAUGGGAUGCCAUGCGAGAUGCUGUUCACAUCGGUGGCUGGACACCUCAUGGAGCUGGACUUCCCAGAGGCAUUCAAAAAGUGGCAUUCAUGUAGCCCGUUAGAACUGUACGGUGCUCCAGUCUUAAAGUGUGUUCCACAGGACAAGAAGCUUGUUGAGAGGAAUCUGAAGGAACAGGCCCGGAAGUGCCAGUGGCUAGUAUUGUGGCUGGACUGUGAUCGAGAGGGGGAGAAUAUUGCAUUUGAGGUCAUUGAUGUGUGCAUAAAGGCCAAUCCACGGCUACUCAUCAAACGGGCCAAAUUCUCUGCGCUUGUGAGGAGAGAGCUUGAGCGGUCAGUGCAGAAUCUUGGGGUGCCGGAUGAGAACCUAUCCAAGGCUGUAGAUGCGAGGCAGGAAAUAGACUUGCGCAUCGGGGCUUCUUUCACCCGAUUCCAGACCCUCCUGCUGCAGGAGAAAUUCAACUGGGAGGAGCACGGCAUCCAUGAUGAGCGGCCCAUCUUCAGCUAUGGGCCCUGCCAAUUCCCCACCCUGGGCCUCAUCGUGCAGCGCCAAUGGGAGAUCCAGGCGCAUGUGGCAGAGCCAUUCUGGUACAUCUACGCAAUGUACAGGGCGCCUGAGGGGCAGUCAUGCACUCUGCACUGGCAGCGGGAUCGGCUGUACGACCAUGUCAUAGCCACCAUCCUGUACGAGACCUGCGUUGAUGCGCCACUUGCCACCGUUACUAAGGUGGACGCUCGGCAGAAGCUGCGCUGGCCGCCGCUGCCGCUGGCGACGCUGUCGCUGCAGAAGGAGGCGAUUACGCACCUGCGGCUGCCCGGAGAGCGCAUGAUGAAGCUGGCCGAGGAGCUGUACCAGGAGGGCUUCAUCUCCUACCCGCGCACUGAAACCGACGUCUUUGACCCCGCCUAUGACCUCAAGGCGCUGGUGCGGGAGCAUGUGAACGACGCACGCUGGGGGCAGCAUGCGCAGCGCAUAGACAGCGGGGAGAUGUGGGCGGCGCCGCGGGGGGGAGGCCACGAUGACCACGCCCACCCGCCGAUCCACCCAACUCGAUGGUCCGCCCCCGACGCCAACCAGGGCUGGGACCCCAACAAGCGCCGCCUGUACGAGUUCAUCGUGCGCAGCUUCCUUGCCUCCUGCUCCAAGCCCGCCGUUGGCUUUGAGACGCAGGUCGAGGUGACCAUUGCUGCGGAGACCUUCCGCACCACCGGGCUGAUGGUGAAGGAGCGCAACUGGAUGGAGGUGUUCCCGUGGGCGCGCUGGGGCGGCAAUGACAACCUGCCCGUCUUCGCCGUCAACCAGACCUUCAUGCCCACAGAGCUCCUGCUAAAAGAUGGGAUGACGCAGCCGCCGCCGAAGAUGUCGGAGCGCGAUCUGAUAUCGGCCAUGGAGCGGCACGGCAUCGGCACGGACGCGACGGUGGCGGACCACAUCCAGAAGCAGCUCGACCGCGGCUAUGCGCUCAAAGACGCGGCACAGCUGUUCUCGCCCACAGCCCUGGGCGAGGCCCUGGUCGCCUCCUACCACAAGAUGGGCCUCUCCAACCUGUGGCAGCCCACCCUGCGCGGCGCGAUUGAACACAACAUCACGGAGGUGGCUCGGGGGCUGCGGCCCAAGCAGGAGGUGCUGGACGAGGCAGUGCAGCACUUCCGAGGGGACUACAUCGCUGCAGCCGGGAAGCAGGCAAUGAUGUUGGAGGAGGUUGGCCGCUUCUUCGGCCCGCGCGCCGGAGGCGGCGGCCCCGGCGAGGCUGGCGGCGCGCUGCCGCCCGGGGACCCGAUUGGCGCAUGCGCGUCGUGCGGCCUCAACCUCAUGCUGUGCCAACCGGCAGAGGGAACGCCCUUUGUCGCCUGCUCCGGAGCGCCGCUGUGCCGGCAGAGGGUGUAUUUCCCUCGGCCCACGCUUGCCGCUGACAUCAGCGACCAGCCGUGUGCCACCUGCCAGCUCGACAGAGGCGGCCUGCGCAAGAUCUCUUUCAGGCUACGACGAGCGGCCAUACCGCCGGGCUUCGAGGCGGACAUGGUGGCGUGUGUGCUGUGCGACCAGCGCUUCAAGGACCUGUGUGAGGCGUGCGGCACAGCUCGGCCGGCCGGCCAAAGGAACAACCAAGCCCGCGGCGGCGGCGGCCAGGCCAGGGGCAGGGGCAGGGGACCUGCAGGGAGAUGUGAAGCGAGAGCCUCAGUGUUGACACGGUGUGUGGAAUUGCUCAGGGGGCGAGGGGGUCGGCAGGGGGGAAUGGCGCGAGGGCCACCGGUAUGUCCCCGCCACGGGCAGCCGUGCCUGGUCAAGACCUCCAAUUCAGCCGCCAACCCCGGCCGCACUUUCUUCAAGUGUGCGCACCCCAGCGAGGCCCAGGAGUGCCUCGACUUCAUGUGGGAGGAUGAGUGGAAUGGGCAGCCCCUGGGGGCUUCACGGGCACGUCGGACAGAGCCAAGGGGCAGGGGAGGGAACAGAGGGCAUGGGCCAAGGGGCGCAGGCCGGCAGCAGCAUGGCGGCAGGGGCAAUGCGGGCGGCAGACUCGUAGAUGCUGCCACAGGGCUGCCCCUGGAUGCAAAUGAGGGAUCAUGCUACAAGUGUGGGCAGAGAGGUCAUUGGGCAAAUGCUUGCCCAAACUGA